AUGGAGGGCCUACACACCCAGCUUCCUGAACAGGAACUUGGCACAGCGACGGUAACCCGAUGCCGAAACCUUUGGUGGUCCUUGUACACCAUGGACAGACACGUAUCAUCCUCGCUGGGAUUGCCGAUGACGACCAAGGACAGCGACAUUAGCACCUUGAUCAAUACCCCGAGCAUGGGCUUUCAUGACAUCACAUUUAGCCUUCAGGUGAGGCUAUCGCAAAUGCUGUCUUUUAUCUUGAGUACCAUCUACAAGACCGAGAAGACCCAGCUUGGGAGGUUUCUCGAGAUUACGAGAAAUAUUCUGCACGCCAUGGCUAAGCAUGCUGAGGAGAUAGAGAAGAUGAUGCAGAUUAGCUUCCAGAGUUCCAUGGAUAACGUGCCCCAGGAGAUGCGUCAUUUAAUUUUACUAUACCAUCAGUGCGUCAUCGUCGCCACCAGGCCUCUGCUUCUGUCGGUCCUGAAGGAACGCCUAGAGAAGUUAGGCCGUGCAGAGGAAGACUGGCAAAAGUUUCUAGCUCUUCCCAAAUCCUUGAUAUCCAUUGGUAUCAAGUCAGCCGAGAAGACGCUUCAAAUAUUGUCAGACGAGAAUGGUCACUUGGAGACCUUCCUCCCAUUUGAUCUCGAAUUUACCUACGCAGCUGCUCUCCAUCUGACCAUGGCGAAUACGCUCUACCCGCCUGGUACCAACGAUGACACGUAUAGUAAGUCCGCGCAUUCAAUCCUCGAUGAGAUGAUCAUGUGUGGGAAUAAGGUGGCAGAGGUACGAAAGGAUGAGUUGCGCUGUAUCGAGGGGUUAUUCCAGGAGUUCGCCAAGCGGGUACAGCAGGAAGGUCUACAAGUCCUCACUUUGUCUGGCCGGGGACUCGCAGAGGCUGGACCGGAUGAGAAUCCUAGUCAAGAAUGCCGAGGACAAACGCCUGCCACAGAGCCUCCAACCUUCACAGAGUCCUCAGCCCAGUCACCUUCUAUAAAUCAGUCUCUCACGGCCAGCGUCAAUCCCCUUGACAAUGUUAUCGGCAUCUCUUCCUACGAAUUCCUCUCUAUCGUGGAUCAAAUUGGCGGUUCGGAAAUGCCCUACGUCUUGAAUGCAGGCCUGGACUGGAUGGAUGGCGGUGCUAUCGCAUAUCCGUUUUGUUGA